AAGAGGGAGAGGAACAGCAGUUUCUAUCAGUGUAUUGCCUUGUUUUUCUAGUUGUCUAGCUGGCUGAUAACACUUGUGACAGGCUGCAUAUCAGAAAAGGAGAUUCAUUAUUUGGCUUUGAUUUUGGUUUAUUCAUCUGUCCUAUCUUUUUAUUUAAGCUGUAAUUUAAUGGUUGUUUGCUUCAGGAAAAGACUGCUCGGACUACAUGACCAAAAUCAGAGUUUUCUUUAGUGCUGGGGUACUAGGUCCCUUAUGGAGGGUAAGGGCCAGGGGGCUAAGAAAGGAAGAGGAGGAAAGUUGGCAGGUUCCUUACGGAGGAUGAGUGGCUCCUUCAAACGCACUUCAUUUAAGGGCUCAGCAUCUGGAUCACAAAAGGGUCAAAAGGCUUGGAUAGAGAAGACCUUUUCAAAAAGAGAAUGUAUCUAUGUAAUUGCCAACAACAAAGACAUUAGCAGGUGCUGCUGUGGACAGCUCAUUAACCAACAUAUUCCACCUCCUCCAAGUAUAACAGCUAAUAAAAAUGGAGAAGAAACAAAGCAAGUGGAAGCUCAGCCAGAGAAAUGGUCUGUCAGUAAACACACCCAAACAUACCCAACUGAUGCCUAUGGAAACCUUGAAUUCCAAGGAGGAGGGCAUUCAAAUAAGGCCAUGUAUAUCCGUGUGUCAUAUGACACUAAACCAGAUUCUCUGCUACAUCUCAUGGUGAAAGACUGGCAACUGGAACUGCCCAAACUUUUAAUCUCUGUCCAUGGAGGCCUCCAGAACUUUGAAAUGCAACCUAAACUAAAGCAAGUAUUCGGAAAAGGUCUGAUAAAGGCUGCCAUGACCACAGGAGCUUGGAUUUUCACUGGAGGUGUUAGCACAGGUGUUAUUCGUCACGUGGGAGAUGCCUUGAAAGAUCAUUCUUCCAAAUCCAGAGGACGAAUAUGUGCCAUAGGAAUUGCACCGUGGGGCAUUGUAGAAAACAAGGAAGAUCUAAUAGGAAAAGAUGUAACACGGGUUUACCAAACAAUGUCAAACCCUCUAAGUAAGCUCUCCGUGCUCAACAGUUCCCAUACCCAUUUCAUUCUGGCAGACAAUGGUACGCUAGGUAAAUAUGGAGCAGAAGUAAAGUUACGACGUCAGUUGGAAAAACACAUUUCCCUCCAGAAAAUUAACACACGUCUGGGACAAGGUGUUCCUGUAGUUGGGCUCAUAGUAGAAGGGGGUCCCAAUGUGAUUUCCAUCGUCUUAGAAUGUCUGCGAGAAGAGCCCCCUCUUCCUGUUGUGAUUUGUGAUGGUAGUGGUCGAGCAUCAGAUAUUCUGUCAUUUGCACACAAGUAUUCAGAAGAAGGAGGGAUAAUAAGUGAAUCCCUUAGGGACCAGCUUCUAGUUACCAUCCAGAAAACCUUCAACUACAACAGGAAUCAAGCUCAUCAACUAUUUGUCAUUCUUAUGGAGUGCAUGAAAAAAAAAGAACUUAUUACUGUGUUUCGCAUGGGAUCUGAAGGGCAACAGGACAUUGAGAUGUCCAUCUUAACUGCUCUCCUCAAAGGUACCAAUGCAUCUGCUCCAGACCAGCUCAGCUUGGCUUUGGCCUGGAAUCGUGUAGACAUUGCGCGCAGCCAAAUCUUCGUCUUUGGACACCACUGGCCACCUCUAGGAAGCCUUACAGCUCCUGAUGGAACAGCUCCUGAGAAGGAAAAGAAAUCUCCAGCGCCUCAGACUAAAGGAGCCAGAGGGAAGGGAAAAGGGAAAAAAAAGGGAGGAAAAGGAAAGGAAGAGCCAGAAGAAGAAACAGACCCAAGAAAGCUUGAACUCCUGAACUGGGUGAAUUCACUGGAGCAGGCUAUGCUGGAUGCACUGGUUCUGGAUCGAGUGGACUUUGUGAAACUACUCAUAGAGAAUGGAGUGAACAUGCACCACUUCCUCACUAUUCCUCGCCUGGAAGAGCUUUAUAAUACUAGACUGGGUCCACCAAAUACACUGCAUUUGCUAGUCAGAGAUGUGAAAAAGCGGCAGUCUCGGGGAUUUGGUUGGGUUAACAUGGAGGGAAAUCUUCCACCAGAUUAUCAUAUCAGCCUAAUAGAUAUUGGUCUUGUACUUGAAUAUCUCAUGGGUGGAGCUUAUCGCUGCAAUUAUACUCGGAAAAGUUUUCGUACUCUUUAUAAUAAUUUAUUUGGACCAAAGAGGCCAAAAGCUCUUAAACUACUAGGAAUGGAGGAUGAUGAGCCUCCCACCAAAGGGAAGAAGAAGAAGAAGAAAAAGGAGGAAGAGAUUGAUAUUGAUGUGGAUGACCCAGAAGUUAGCCGCUUCCAGUACCCCUUUCAUGAACUGAUGAUUUGGGCUGUGCUGAUGAAACGGCAAAAGAUGGCGCUCUUCCUUUGGCAGCGAGGGGAGGAAACCAUGGCCAAGGCACUAGUAGCCUGCAAACUGUACAAAUCUAUGGCCCAUGAGUCUUCUGAGAGUGAGCUGGUGGACGACAUCUCUCAGGAUCUGGACAACAACUCAAAAGAUUUUGGCCAGCUGGCUGUUGAACUUUUGGACCAGUCCUAUAAACAUGAUGAGCAGAUUGCCAUGAAACUGCUAACCUAUGAACUGAAAAACUGGAGUAAUUCUACCUGCCUGAAAUUGGCUGUGGCAGCUAAACACAGGGACUUCAUUGCUCACACAUGCAGCCAGAUGCUCUUAACAGAUAUGUGGAUGGGGCGGCUACGCAUGCGGAAAAAUCCAGGCCUUAAGGUUAUAAUGGGGAUUCUCUUCCCUCCCACCAUCCUUUUCCUAGAGUUUCGGAGUUAUGAUGAUUAUUCUUACCAGACAUCAAGAGAAAAUGAGGAAGGCAGAGAAAAGGAGGAGGAAAAUGCGGAUGCAAAUGCAGAUACAGGCUCCCGAAAAGGAGAUGAAGAGAAUGGGAAAAAAAAACAAAAGAGCCUCCCAAUUGGAACAAAGAUCUAUGAAUUCUAUAAUGCACCUAUUGUCAAAUUUUGGUUCUACACAAUAUCAUACCUGGGCUACUUGAUGCUGUUUAAUUAUAUCAUCUUGGUGCGGAUGGAACGAUGGCCAUCAGUCCAGGAAUGGAUUGUCAUCUCUUACAUUGUGACACUGGCUUUAGAGAAAAUAAGAGAGAUUCUGAUGUCAGAGCCUGGCAAGUUGAGCCAAAAAGUGAAAGUUUGGCUCCAAGAAUACUGGAAUAUUACUGACCUGGUGGCUAUCUCAGUAUUUAUUAUAGGAGCAAUUCUUCGCCUGCAGAGCCAGCCUUACAUGGGUUAUGGAAGAGUGAUUUACUGUGUAGAUAUCAUUUUCUGGUACAUCAGAGUACUAGAUAUCUUUGGUGUGAACAAAUAUCUGGGACCUUACGUCAUGAUGAUUGGAAAGAUGAUGAUUGACAUGCUCUACUUUGUGGUCAUCAUGCUUGUGGUUCUGAUGAGUUUUGGUGUAGCCCGCCAAGCUAUCCUGCACCCAGAUGAGGAGCCUUCUUGGAGAUUAGCUCGCAACAUCUUCUAUAUGCCCUACUGGAUGAUCUAUGGAGAGGUGUUCGCAGAUCAGAUAGACCCUCCUUGUGGGGACAAUCUUUAUGAUGAUGACGGUAAACGCCUCCCUCCAUGUAUACCAGGGGCAUGGCUCACUCCUGCUAUUAUGGCCUGUUACCUCUUGGUAGCAAAUAUCCUGUUGGUAAACCUGCUGAUUGCUGUCUUCAAUAAUACCUUCUUUGAGGUAAAAUCAAUAUCCAACCAAGUCUGGAAGUUCCAGCGGUACCAGCUGAUCAUGACAUUCCAUGACAGACCUGUCCUCCCACCACCAAUGAUUAUCUUCAGCCACAUCUACAUAAUCAUCAAGCGAAUCUGCUGUCGCUGCAGGAAGGGUGAAGGAGACCAGGAUGAGCGUGACAGGGGGCUGAAGUUAUUUCUGAAUGAGGAGGAGCUAAAAAAGCUGUACGAAUUUGAAGAACAGUGUGUAGAAGAAUACUUCCAAGAAAAAGAGGAUGAGCAGCAAUCAUCUAAUGAUGAACGCAUCAGAGUUACCUCUGAAAGAGUUGAAAAUAUGUCUAUGAGGCUAGAAGAAGUGAAUGAAAGAGAACAUUUUAUGAAAGCUUCCCUUCAAACAGUUGACCUUCGACUCUCUCAGUUGGAAGAACUGUCUGGUCGGAUGGUGAAUGCUCUUGAGAAACUGGCAGGUGUCGACAAAUCCCAGCUGACGUACACACGUUCGCGCGCUUCCUCGGAGUGUGACGCUGCCUAUCUCCUGCGGCAAAGCAGUGUUAACAGCUCGGAUGGCUACAGCAUGUACAGAUACCACAUUGGUGGCGAUGAGUUAACAUAUGAUGACAGUGCCAUUCCUAUGUCACCGGCCUUGGAACAGCGUAGAAAAGCCCAUUCUAUUGGUACCAAAGAAGAUGGAGUAGACCCAAAGAUGCUGGUUCCAGAACACCAUACCAGUCUCCAUUAUACCUCUAGUGCUAAUGCAGUUGCCACAGCAGAUGACAGUAAAUCUAUGUUAGAAAUGGCACAGAAUGCUUCUAUGCCUCAUUCUGGUUCAGGUGGUUUGGGGGAUGAAAAGCAGGGGAUCUGCAAGAGUGAUGGAAUGAUUCCUCAAAGUAUAAACCGGAUGGAUGCUGUUACAAACAGUCAGUCAGUACCAAGAUCCGAUUUCCAGAACACUCAGCUAAAAGUAGAACGUACCAAGUUAGAAGCUACCAUCUCUUACCCCUUGGACAAAUCUAAAGCAAUGCGCUAUUUUCCUCCUGAAACAUUCAGUGCUUGUCAAACCACUAUGAUGAAGUCAAGGAGCUUUAUAUUUGCACAGGGUGGGAAGAUGGUUGGAGGAGUUAACAACUGGACUGCUGAGUAUAGUACCAUCAUGGAUCAGGUGUGCCCUUCAGCAGUUGAACAAUGGGCCACAGAGUGGAAAUAUGAAGUUGAGCAGCAACUUUCCCAAGAACGUCCUCCAGAGUACCCUGGGUUUGUCUCUGAAGCAGAAAGGCAAGCAGAGCAGAAACAGUUACAGAUGGACACAGAUGAUGACAGUGAUGUUGGUGAAGCAGGUAUGAGUGCCUCUUACACCUCUAUGCCUACCACUGUCAAGGCUGAAAAAGAUAAUUUACUAUCAGUAAAGCCAGAAAGGACUUCUGGGUUCCCAUCAGUAAGGUCAAAGAGUUUGCACAGCCAUUCUCGAAAAGCCAAGUCUGUAAAGGACAAAUUAAAUAGACCAGGACAUGCCAGCAGCGUAACAAAUCUGGUGGUAGCAUUUGGCAGUGCAACAGAGGAACAGAAAGCUAGGCAGGAAAAUGCAUCCACAGAAACUGAAUGUUAAAGUGGCUUAUGGCCCCUGUUUCAAGGACAGUGAAGAAAGCAGCAUGACAAACUAUGGACUUUAAAAUUCAUUUGUAAAGUAGAAUGUGACAUAUAUUUGUUCCUUUCCAUUUUCUGUUCUGUUCUUAAAUGCUUGCUGAAUCAGGUGAAACUGGAGAUCUUCUCUCAGGGGCAGAUAAAAAGUAGGCACAGUCCACAGAUACCAGCAGUAUAGAUCUUUCUUUGUUCCAUUUUGAUCUGCCUCAUAAGCUCAUUUACUGAUGAGCUCCCUAUAAAAGCUCAUGAAAGAAGGGCAAUAUUAUUAUAUAAUAAUUUAGAUUUUUUUAAUUUUUAAGUUUUUUCAUCAGAAAGACUUCUUAAACUGAAAACAUUUUUAACCAGCCUUAGUUUUUAUCCUUCCUCAUGUAGCCAGUCUCUCUGUCGCCACUGUUUUUCAGAUCUAAACAAAACUGUUGGAGGCAAGGAGAAACUAUGCAGUUCCUCCUUUUACUUCUGAUUUUAUGUAUGCUUCUUAGCUGUCCUUUCAGAAAGAUACAAGAUACCUGUUUUCAUCCACUGAAACAGGUCUGAGCAGCAAAAUGCAGUUCUCUUUGGAAAAGCUUGACCUGGGAAGUGUAGAGACAUUCUUGAUCUGUCCUUGAACUUUAGUAAUAUAACCUUGCUUUCAGGAUCAUACCUGCCCCCACCCCAAAGCAUGCUGACAGCCUUAAACUGUUGAAGAACAAUGAUCAUUGUUUCAAAACGUAGAGUAAGUAUCUGGUUUUUAAAAAAAUGAAAAGGGAAAACAAAAGAAAACAGGGAAGGUGUUCCCAUGGGGUGAGAUCUAAGUGUAGCAAAUUUCAUCUUUCAUUUUCCAAUUUCAUUUUGACAACAUGAAGAACAAGAAAAUUUCUAGGAGUCUGUCUAAACACAGAAUAAAUUUUCCAGCUGAAAUAGAAAUUUCAUACAUUUCUUGAGUA